GAAGACCUCCGUCUCCUUUGUCUCAAGAGCAAAACUCUGGCUGAGAGAAUGGAGGCGAAAAGUAGCAAUCGAUGCAGUUUCUGGCUUCCGAAGAAGAAAAGAUCAUGCGCGAAUACUCGAAUCGAGAGUUCUAUGUUUUGUGGAAACCAUAGCCAGAGAUUGGAAGGUCAAUGGAUUCCAUGCCCUAUUGAUCCUUCUCACUCUGUGUUGCAGGAGAAUCUCGAAUGGCAUGUAAAGAGAUGUCCUUUACUUAAACAAACUGUAGAAUUGUCUGGUCAACGAUUUUAUCAGAAGGGUAUUAAUGCUGGGAACGACGAAGAAGAAGAAAAGAUGGGAUCUUGUUCUCUUGUUACUUCAGAGAUGAAGAGAAAUCUGCUCUAUAGUAUGAGUGUUUCUAAGUUUCAUCAGCUUAUUAAGAAAAUUGAGGAUGUUCAUGGCGGUAUUUGUAAAGAUAUCGAAGAUUCGUAUUUGUCACCUGAAGCUUGUAACAUAUGGUUUAAUAAGGAGAUAGAUAGGAAAUUACCAUUUCAAGAGAAACAUGUUUUGCAGCAAGGUUCAAUUCUUGGUAACUUGGAAGAGAUUGGUGUAUUGAAGAGGUGCAACAUAAAUGUGGAAUGUUGCGAAAGCGAUCUGGAAGAGAAAGACGAUAAUACUGCGCCAGCGGUUGUUGAAUUUGGCGCUGGGAGAGGAUACUUAACACAGAUGCUAGCAGAUUGCUAUGGGAUCAAAAAAGUGUAUCUAGUUGAGAGGAAAUCUUACAAGCUUAAGGCUGAUAGGUCAUUGAGGCAAAAGGAGAGCUUAGUAUUAGAGCGUAUGAGAAUCGAUAUUGAGGAUUUGAACCUUAACGCGGUUGAAUCUUUGCACGGUGUUCCUUAUGUGGCCGUAGGGAAACAUCUCUGUGGUCCUGCAACAGAUUUGAGCUUAAGAUGUUGUUUAUCCAGACAAGAUGGUGAAAGCCCAGUACUUAGAGGUCUCGCUAUUGCGACUUGUUGCCAUCAUCUUUCCCAAUGGAAAAGCUACAUAAAUAAAGAAUAUAUCCUUAGCCUGGGGAUUUCCAAGGACGAGUUCCAUAUCAUGACUUCGUUCACUAGCUGGGCAGUAGAUGAUGAUCACGGUUCCAAGCUUCCCGGUGUUGAUGACAUUGACCUUCUUGAUUCAAAUGCAAAGGAGGAGGAAGAAGGAGAAGUAAGAGAUGCUUCUUUGAUCAGCGUGGAGGAAGUUGUGAAGAAAAUGAAACCCAUGGAAAGAGCUGUUUUAGGAUUCAAAUGCAAACAGAUCAUCGAUGCAGGGAGGAUGAAGUGGGUUAAGAAACAUGGAUUAAAUUCAAAGCUAGUGAAGUAUAUCCCGGCAAGCAUCUCGCCGGAAAAUACUUUACUGAUCGCCGGAAAACCCAAUCCUUCUAUUGCUUGAUGUUGUAUUCUUGUUGGUUAUUUAAUACUUGGUUGGUGAAAACUAGAAGAGAUAUUACACAUGGUGUAUACGACAGCGAUUUUGCUUGUUAAGUCACAACUUCAUUAGCUCAUUCUCUGUCUUUGGUCAAAUCCACUGUUUAGUAUUCAAAAC